CAGGCCUGAAUAGCGCGAGAAACCGCCGGCAGUGUGUGCUGAGCGGGGCAAGUGACUCGGCCCGCUGCGGGGAAGUCGCGCCUGCCUGCCUGCCUGCCUGCCUGCGGCCGCCGCACCACCCGUCAAGAUGUCCGGCGGGCGGGUGUGCGCUGCCUGCGGCGGCUCCGACAUCGAAGUGGACUCAGCCCGGGGCGAUGCCGUCUGCACCGGAUGCGGUUCGGUGCUGGAAGACAACAUCAUCGUCUCCGAGGUGCAGUUCGUGGAGAACAGCGGCGGAGGCUCUUCGGCAGUCGGGCAGUUUGUCUCCCUCGACGCAGCAGGAAAAACUCAAACUGUUGGAGGAUUUCAUGUCAACUUGGGAAAGGAGUCGCGGGCCCAGACUUUGCAAAAUGGAAAACGCCAGAUCCAUCAUUUAGGGAACCAGCUGCAACUAAAUCAGCAUUGUCUUGAUACAGCCUUCAACUUUUUCAAAAUGGCAGUGAGCAAGCACUUAACCCGCGGGAGGAAGAUGACCCAUGUCAUAGCAGCAUGCCUCUACUUGGUGUGUAGGACAGAAGGCACUCCACAUAUGCUGCUUGAUCUCAGCGACCUCCUUCAGGUGAACGUCUAUGUGCUGGGGAAAACGUUCCUUCUGUUGGCCCGAGAGCUCUGCAUAAAUGCUCCAGCUAUAGAUCCGUGUUUAUAUAUUCCUCGUUUUGCACACAUGCUCGAGUUUGGUGAUAAGAACCAUGAAGUCUCCAUGACAGCUUUAAGACUCCUGCAGCAGAUGAAGAGAGACUGGAUGCACACAGGUCGACGGCCAUCAGGGCUUUGUGGUGCAGCUCUUCUUGUUGCCGCAAGAAUGCAUGAUUUUCGGCGCACUGUUAAAGAAGUAAUCAGGGUGGUUAAAGUUGGUGAAUCAACAUUAAGGAAAAGACUUACAGAAUUUGAAGAUACACCUGCAAGUCAGCUAACAAUAGAUGAGUUCAUGACCAUUGACCUGGAAGAGGAAUGUGAUCCUCCUUCAUUUACAGCUGGUCAACGAAAGAUAAAAAUUCAACAGCUUGAGAAGGAAUUGUCAAAAAAGCUUGAAGAAUUAGAAGGUGAAAUAACAAGCUAUCAAGAUGAAAUAGAGAAUGAAUUAGAAAAUAGCCGGCCCAAAGCAAAGGGAGUUUAUGCAAAUUAUAGCAAGGAUGAUUGCAUGGAAGAUACUAUUUCAAGUAUAUUUGGAGAUGAGGAUGGAGAAGAUGAAGAACUGGCAGCAGCAGCAAAUCAUCUGAACAUGGACUUUUAUAAUGAACUGCUUGAUAAAGACCGAUCAAAGGAAAAAGAAAUUUCUGUAAGGCCAUCUGCUCUGGAAUCACUGCUUGGACCUCUUCCUACUGCAGCCAGUCUUGGAAUAACAGAAUCUAUAAAAGAAUGUAUAUUGACUAAAGACCGAGACCAUAAUGAAAAUACUGGAGAUGGUGAAUUAGAUCUAAGUGGAAUUGAUGACAGUGAAAUAGAUAUGUACAUACUUAAUGAUUCAGAAGCCAGGAUAAAAGCAGAACUGUGGAUGAAGGAAAAUGCAGAUUAUCUCAAGGAACAAAAGGAAAAAGAAGCAAGGAUAGCAAAGGAAAAGGAGCUUGGUAUCUAUAAAGAACAUAAGCCCAAGAAGUCUGCAAAGAAACGGGAGCUGAUCCAGGCCAGUACAGCAGGAGAGGCAAUUGAAAAAAUGUUGGAACAGAAGAAGAUUUCAAGCAAAAUUAAUUAUAAUGUGUUAAGGGACCUCAACAGUAAAGGAGGUAGCACACCAAAGAAAGAUGAUGAUACCACUGAUGACAGCACCAGCACCAAGAAGUUAUCAAGGAGAAAGUCUCUUGUGAAUCGGAAUGUGGCCAAUUCGGUAAACCCCGUGGGGAAAAGACUAAGACCCUUGAUUUCAACUCAACUAGCCAAAAAGCUGGCCACAGAAGAGGCAGUAUUUCCAAGUACUCAGACAGAAACUGAAAAGGUUGAAAAAUCAGGAACGGUGCUGGUGGAAACUGGGCCAGUGUCUUAUAAUCAUGAGGAGGAGGUGGAAGAGGAAGAAAUUGAAGAGGAAGAGGAUCAUUGUGUGAGCGCCCUUAAACUAAUGGGAGGAAACGAUUAUGGCUGUGAUAUGGAAGAUGACGAUGGGUAUUAAACCUUUCUGUCUCCAAAUGGAAAUCAUGGGAGAAGCCACUAGUAGUAAAAACAACUCUUCCUGCCUUGGAAACAAAAGUUCUGUUUGCUAUGGAUUCCUGUCAGUGUCCUUUGAUCUACAGGCAGGCACUGGAGCUUUACUUUAGAAUACUUGAAAUGUUUCUGAUUUGGAUCAUGACAUAAGAAAAAGAUGACCUGAAGCAUCAGUUCCAGAGAUGAAAGAGCCAAAUGGCCACCCAGACUUCCUUUGGACUUACCAUGUCCUGGAUUCAAUAAUAUAUAUUGCUGUAAGAAGGUGUACAAAGAAGAAGAAUUGUUACAGAAUGCUAGACUUUUGCGUGAAUAUAUUUGAGACUUGAACAUUUUUGAGUUGCACUAUUUACAUCAAUAGGAUCCUCAAUAGCAGAAACUUGUUCCUGCAAUAACAUCCAAUGUUUUUAUGCUUCAAAAGUGGUGAAUCAUACCAAAAUGGGCAGACAGCUUCCUUUGGAAACAAGUUCAAAUGUAUUCUUUGUUUGUUUGUUAAUACUAUCCUAGGAUCAGAACGUUGCUUGCCUGUAUUCUCUAUGUCAGAGUGAGACAGCAGUUAUAUUUCUUGUUUUUAAUCCUUACAAAAAAGUUGCUGUAUUAGAAUGGAGUCCUCAUGGGUGUUGCUGUUGUUCAAAGCUUCUUUGCAAGGCGAGUUAUUUUGUGUUCCAAGAAAAUUAAGCUAGGUCUUCCUUCACUGCUACUAUUAGAGACGGGGCAAGCAAAGGCUAGGCUGACGACAGAAGGAAGGAAAAAUCAACAGAUUAACAUGCGACAUUCUUUUGCUGACUGAGGACCAUUUCUGUGCCCCAUCCCAGGUUUUAUUUUUUAAUUUUAAAAACAAGAUGAUAUCUCAGGGCAACUUCUGUCCUCUUGGCAGAAGUGUCAGAUUUCUCUCCAAGGUAAUGUCUUUGUUUUGUUUUUUAAAACAAGUAAUUUGAACUGUUUUCUUCUCUUUGAUGUAAAGUAAUUUUAUAUUAUGUAAUGUCAUUAAGGAUGUAUUUAUAGCUCAACAGUGCAAGAGGCUCAUCUAUCACUAGCUGAUCAGUUGAUCAGUUGGUAUAACUAAGCACCCUGAGAAAUGUAAAACAGA